CUGGGCGCGUCGCCGCAGGUGCCUCGGGCCGCGGGGCAGCGGGAGGUGCGGGCUCGGGUCCGCGGAGCCGCUUGCAGCCGCUAGCUCGGCAAAUGGGAGCCACAUAGGGGCAGUCAGCCCGGAACUGGCGCCUCUCGGGGGCGCACAGCCUUGGCACUAGGACCCCGGACCCCUUUCGGGAGAGCCGGGGUCCAGAGGUGCGCCUGCCCCAGGAUGGGGGCAAUGGCUGCUCCCCAGGGAGGGCCGCGUCCUCCGGGCCGGCGGUGCGGGGACCACUUCGCAGCGGCUCUGGGCUGACCCUCUGCUCGUGGAUGGCGAUCGCCUCGGCCUCCAGCUGCCUGCCUUGGCUCAGAGACAGGCGACGAAACGCGCGCCCGGCCCCCACCGGUGCCCUGGCGCUGUCGCCCCAGUCACCUUCCUUUGCCCUUCUCCGACAGCACCUCGGGCUCGCUCCCUCCUACUCAGGAGAAGCUGAGGAAACGAGCUCGGCUCCCGGCUCCCGGCUCCCGGAGCCAGCGGCGACUGUGGAGACGCGGCCAGAAUCCUCAACUGCUUGGAAAUCCAUCACCUUGGUUCCCUGAGACUUGGAGUAGGAACUGACAGCUGGCUGACAGAAAACUCAUCCAGGGAGAGAAGAGACAUAAGCAAAGGAUGAAAUUGUGAAUAACAUCUUCAGCAUCUCACGAGAGCCCUUGUCAGAUGCUUUGCAUUCAGAGUAGACCUCUGAGUUGGGACCCAAGCCGUCAACAACCCUAAAUUCCCAGGUUCCUGAGUUGCAGGUAUUGAUUGCUGAUUUUUGAAGAUGGAUGAAGGUGUAGAAUUGUCAAGUGAUGGAAAUUCCCUGAUCAAAGCUGUGCAUCAGAGCCGGCUUCGCCUCACAAGACUCUUGCUGGAAGGCGGCGCCUACAUCAACGAGAGCAAUGACCGCGGGGAAACACCCCUAAUGAUCGCUUGUAAGACCAAACACGUUGAUCCCCAGGGUGUCAGUAAAGCCAAAAUGGUUAAAUACCUGUUAGAAAACAAUGCUGAUCCGAACAUACAGGACAAGUCUGGGAAAACUGCUCUGAUGCACGCUUGCUUAGAAAAAGCCGGUCCUGAAGUUGUGUCUCUGCUCGUGAAGAGCGGGGCUGACCUCAGCUUGCAAGACCAUUCUAGUUCCUCGGCCCUCGUUUAUGCUAUAAAUUCAGAAGAUAGAGAGACCCUGAAAGUUCUGCUUAGUGCUUGCAGGGCAAAAGGGAAAGAGGUCAUUAUCAUAACAACAGCAAAAUCGCCUUCUGGCAGGCACACGACCAGACAGUACUUAAACAUGCCUCCUGCGGAUACAGACAGGAGUCCUGCACCAGCCGCCUGUGCCACUCCUUCAGAAAUAGACAUCAAAACUGCCUCGUCGCCACUUUCACCUUCUCCUGAAACCGAAACGACACUUUUUGGCUUUAAAGACCUGGAGCCCUCAGGAAGCAGUGAUGAUGCACUGGACCCAGGCUCCCCUGUGAGGAAGCCUGCCAUGGCUCCUAAUGGGCCCAAGCUACCCCAGGCUCCACCCUGGAUCAAGAGUCCCCCCUCAUUAAUGCACCAGCACAGAGUGGCCUCUUUGCAAGAGGAACUCCAGGAUAUCACUCCAGAGGAAGAAUUAUCCUACAAAACCAAUGGGCUGGCACUUUCCAAGCGAUUCAUCACUAGGCACGAAAGCAUUGAUAUAAAAGACACUGCACAUUUGCUAAGAGCCUUUGAUCGGGCCAGCUCAAGGAAGAUGUCACAUGAUGAGAUAAAUUACCAGUCCCUUUUUUCAGAAGGAAAUCAGCAAUGCAUUGAAAUCCCUGUUGACCAGGACCCAGACUCUAACCAGACAAUAUUUGCUUCCACCCUAAGAAGUAUAGUUCAGAAAAGAAACUCAGGGGCAAAUCACUACAGCUCUGAUUCCCAGCUCUCCUCUGGCCUAACCCCUGCAACCUUAGAAGACGGCAAAGCAUUUAUAGGAAAGAAAAAGAUCCUCUCCCCAUCUUCUUCCUUGUUGUCAGGGUCCAAGGAAUUGAUGGAGAAUAUUCCCCCCGGUCCCCUGAGCAGGAGAAAUCACGCAAUUUUAGAAAGGCGUGGUUCUGGAGCUUUCCCUUUAGAUCACAGCAUUCCCGGAACCAGACCAGGAUUUCUGCCCCCCUUAAAUGUGAAUCUGCACCCUCCCGUCUCGGACAUCAACGUCAGCAACAAGAUUUCCAGCCUUCUUUCUUGUGGCCAAAAAGUGCUUAUGCCAACAGUUCCUAUUUUCCCUAAAGAAUUCAAAAGUAAAAAAAUGUUGUUAAGGAGACAGUCAUUGCAAACAGAACAAAUUAAGCAAUUAGUAAACUUUUAAGAGCUGGCUAGAAGACACAUUUUGUUAAAUGUCUACAUCAGAAAUAGAGAACUAGAGAAGAAAUCUCAAAUGUUCAUUCUUUUAAGUCUUGUAAUCAGUUAGUCCGUAAUGGUUAGGGGGGAUCAAAAUGUACUGUGUAUCAUAGUAAGUACUGUGAACACCCAAAUAACAUAUAGUUUCUGCUGAGGAAAUUCUCUCAAACAAAAUUAAAGCUAUUUUUCUCAAAACCUCCAAUAUUGAACAACCUUCAUGUGGUCGAAGUUUUUAACGUAAACAAAAAUCAGCAAAGAAAGAGAUAACUUAAAAAAAAAUUUCAGAUUUGCCAAAUAUUUUAUUAGGAAACGUUGCAUUCAAGUCAAUAAGUUUUUUUAAACAUUUCAAUAAAUAAGAUUCUAAUUUUCCAUGAUGUGAAAACCAUAAAAGAAAAUAUUGACAGCUAUAAAAUGUUCUAUGAUCAAUAAGCCUAAGCUACAAAGAAACAAUGAACUAAUUCUUAAACAAUGUUGACUGCAGGUAGGUAAAAAUGUAGUUAAAAUUUUAAAAGGUCAACCACUAUUAUAGACUGAGCGGCUCAUGCUCGUGUUGUCGGCUUCGUCAAUGUCACAUGGUGGCUCAGUUUCACAAGCUCGUGCUAGU